CCAUCCCAGACAGAACUGAGUGUUCUUACUGUAGGGCACGCCUCCUUCUAGGACUGGGCUGAAGCCUAGGAGGACCAGCUGUUCAUAUCUGGGUCCAGGAUUAUGUCUGCUAACAAAGGCUGGUGGGUGCCACCUGAAGGCGAGGAUAGUGUGUCUGAGAAGUUCCUGAGGAAGACCAGGGAGUCUCCACUUGUGCCUAUAGGCUUAGGGGGCUGCCUGAUGGUGGCAGCAUACAGGAUUUACCGGCUGAAGGCUCGAGGUUCCACCAAGAUGUCCAUACAUCUGAUUCACACCCGAGUGGCAGCACAGGCCUGUGCUGUGGGUGCUAUCAUGAUAGGUGCUGUGUAUACAAUGUACAGAGAUUAUAGCAAAAGGACAGCACAGGAUGCUGGGGAGAAGUAGGACUCCUGAAGGGGUGGGGCAGCCCAAGCCUUUCAUCGAUCUCGGUAUGUGCCUAAUAAAGAGGUGUUGAGGAAAGCCAAGUGUCUUUUUUACUUGCAGAGAGCAGAGGAAAUGGUGAUAGCUGUGGGAGGACCCAGUGCAAAGGAUGGAAGCCUCUGUUCCUCCAACUCAGGGUCAGGGAAACAUGACAGACAAUGGUCUCUCAAGGAGGAGGUGACUAGGCCUCAUUCCAGAAUCCUAACAAGUCUGACACCACCUCAGGUCCACCUAGAAGUAGCCUAGAGUGGAGUGGGAAGGUCGGGGAGGAAAGGGGCCUUGAGGCCCAUGGGAACACAGAAUCAGAGGCAGGCAUUCCUUCUAACACAGGCUGCUUCCCUUGAGACCAAGCAGGAAGGAGGCUGCAGCUGGG